AUGUCUCUUGGUACUUUAUUCGCCACUCAACAAAUCAGAUCUGUCCCCCCUAAGGCUAUCAUUAAGCAUUAUGGUUUGGACGUGAAGAUCUCCGAUAAGGAAGAUCCCUUGUACACCAAGAACUUCCCUAUUGCUAAGAUCCCUGCCUUCAUUGGUCCUAAGGGUCUUAAAUUACAUGAAGUGAUUCCCAUCACCAUCAACUUGGUUCAACAAGCUGAAGAAAACUCUCCUUUGUUGGGUAAGACCCAAAGAGAUUUCAUUGAAAUCUUGAAAUGGUUGUCUUUCACCAACUCUGAGGUUCUUGUGGCGUUUGCUAAUGCUAUCAAGCCUAUUAGAGGAGACGUUCCUUUCAACAAGAAGGUAGUUGAAGACAACUAUAAUCAACUUGUUAAACUCUCGCAAAUUUAUGAGAACAGAUUGGUGAACUACACCUUCUUGGUUGGGGAACGUCUUACCUUGGCUGAUGUGUUUUCUGCUGCUUUACUUGUGAGACCUUUUGAAAACUUUUUUGAUGCUGAAUGGAGAAAGCAAUACCCUAACACUGCUAGAUGGUUUAGAACUAUUGUUUCCUUGCCAAUCUUGAAGGACAUUGUUGGUGAUGUUCCGUUCAUUGCCAAGAAGAUAGCCUUAGUUCCUGCUAACAAGGAAAAGAAGGAACAAAAGUCAAAGGAAGCUGCUGCUCCAAAGAAGAAGCAAGCCGCUGCUCCCAAGGCUGCUGCCGAAGUUGACGAUGCUCCAGUUGAAGAAAAGAAGCCAAAACACCCAUUGGAAUUGUUGGGUAAGGCUGCCAAUCCUUUGGAUAACUGGAAGAGAGUUUACUCUAACGAAGACACGAGACCCAAGGCCAUUCCAUGGUUUUGGGAAAACCAAUGGAACCCCGAGGAAUGGUCCAUGUGGAAGCUUGACUACAAGUACAACGAGGAAUUGGAAAAGACCUUUAUGACCAACAACCAAAUUGGUGGUUUCUUUGCCAGAUUAUCUGCUUCCACCAAGUACUUGUUUGGUUGUUUAGUUGUGUACGGUGUUGACAAUGACAACGGUAUCACUGGUGCUUUCUUGGUCAGGGGUCAAGAAUACGCUCCAGCCUUUGAUGUUGCUCCUGAUUGGGAUACUUAUAACUACACCAAGUUGAAUCCCGAAAACCCAGACGACAAGAAGUUUAUUGAAAACAUGUUUGCUUGGGAUGAGCCAGUCAUUGUUAACGGUGAGAAGAAGGAGAUUGCUGAUGGUAAGGUAUUCAAAUAG